GGCUGCCCGUGAGGGACCUCCCCGUGACCUCCCCGCCCACGGGUCAACGGCGUCAGGCUCGGCCAAUGAGCGUCGAGGAGGCAUCAUGGCGGACGGUGGCAGUGGCUGAGAGGCAAGAUGAUCGGCGGUGAAGAUGGCAGCGCCCUGGCACGAAGGCGGCUCCAAAUUCCCUUACCUCCUCAUCAUUCACGUGCUCGGUAAUGUGUUGAUGUCUUCACAAAAUGUGACCCUGAGUUCAAAGAAUUUCAGCCUAUUUUUGACCUGGACACCCCCAGUAGAACAUUCUCCUGAAACAUUGUACAAAGUGGAGAUAAAGCCCGAGGAUGUUUGGUUUCAACCUGCUAAUUGCACAUUUCCAUCUGAAGAAGGCUGUGAUGUUACAUGCACAAUUAAAAAUUGUUACACUCGGUAUCAAGCCAGAGUGAGAAGCAUUUUACCCGAAACUGCAGUUAUUUGGAAACAGUCUAAUGUGUUUACUCCCUUCUAUGAUGUGGAACUAGGUGCACCUCAAGUGAAGGUAGUUUUAGGGGAAGAAUCUGUAACAAUGCAUCUUCGAUUUAAUUUAGCACCAUGCAAAGAAAAGGUGCUCGAAGCAUGUCUGCUAAAAAAACUGACCUAUGAAUUGAAAAUCUGGGAUAAGGAUGAACAUAUCAAGAGACCAAUCAAACAAAGUUUAAUUAAAAACUCAGUGGAAAUUCAAAGAAGUGAAUUGCGUGGCAAUAAUAAUUGCAUAUCUGCCAGGUCCAUUGACAAGAGUCUUUUGAAAUAUAGCAAUUUCUCUACGCCAUAUUGUUUCAGUUUGAAGUCAAAAGAACUGCAAACUGAAAAGUAUCUAGCCAUAAUGGGAUCAAUGCUGGGAGUAUUCAUUCUGAUUUCAAUAACAGUUGCUAUUGUGAAAAAAAUAGCCUGGGUCACUUCAAGCGUGAAAAUGCCUGCAGCCUUGGAUUUCACAACGUCCACAAUUUUUACACAGAAGUUGGCAGACACUCAACCGGAUGUAUGCAAGUUGUCAAUCAUUACGUACUGUGACAAAAAUGAGACAGAAAUGUAUGAACAAAAUAUUGCUCUUGAAAGAAAUCUUGUGAAAGAAACCAAUUUUUUGGAUAAUGCUGACUGUACAGAUGAGAGUGAUGAGGAAAAUGAAUGCUGUGAUUACACAGAUAGACGAUGGAUUCCAGAUGGAGUGAUGUUAGACAAAGAUGAAAUGCUUGAUAAUGAUCAGCACCAGGCACUUAUUGCAGAAGGGUAUCAAAAAGCAAAUUGCUCUUUUGAUUCUACUAUUGGUGCUGUUGACCUACAAAGCCAGGAAUCUGACUGUACAAAGCACAACAGACCACAGACUAAAUCAAAUAUUGAUGUUUCUAACCCCAUCAGCUUUACUUCUGAUAUACUUAAUAGCAAAUGUUCUAGUGAUUGUAUUAAUUCUGUGCUGGACCACGAUGAACAAAGCAGCAAUGCUGAUAUCCCUUUAAUGUCAGUAAAGGUACUGUGUUGUAAUGAUGAUGAUAAUUACGAUGAUGUUGGUGAUGACGAGGAAGAUGAUCUCUUGACCAAUAACGUACCACUUUGUGAUUUGAACUUUCAAACCUGUGACCUUACUUACCGGUUUUCCACUCUGCUGCCUGGAGAGUACGGAAACUGAGGAAGAAGCAAAUAUUGUUUUCUAUGUAAACUAAAUUUUAUAUUGGUAUAUUGCAUAAACAUUUCACAUCCUUAUUUUCUAAGUAGAUAUGAAUAUCUAUUUUCAAUGAAACAUUGAAGGUAUUUCACAAGUAUUUACAAGGCUGCUGACAUAGAAGCAUGAAGAAAUUUUCAGUAUUUCAGUUUGAGGUGCCAAGUAUCCUUAAUGUAAUGUGUCUAUAUUUCAAUAUUUUUUUUACAUUUUCUUGAAAAUUUGAAUAUUAAUAGAAAAAAUGGUGGCUAUUAAAGAGAAGGCAUUACCUUAAA